AUGGCGGGGGUCACAGCGCUAAUGCGGAAAACUCAAGACUAUGUGAAGACCAAGGAGUUCCGGGAUUACAUAACCAGCACCCACUUCUGGGGUCCUGUGGCCAACUGGGGCCUUCUACUGGCCGCCUUCAGAGGCCGCAUGAGCACGGCGCUCAUCUUCUACUCCAUGGCUUUCAUGCGCUUUGCCUAGCGGGUCCAGCCUCGAAAUUAGCUGCUGAUGGCAUGCCAUCUCACCAACGUGGUGGCACAGAGCAUUCAGGGGAGCAGUUACCUUAAGUACCACUACGGUGGUGGGGCCAAGGCCAGCAACCCUCCGGUCAAAUAA